CCUAAUUUUUGCUAGAAAAAAAAAAACAAAGAAAAAAGAAAAAAAGAAAAGAGGGAACUUCACAAUCGCAAUAAUUGAUAGUCGGCGUCGGCGGCGAAGAUCUCUGCCUCUGCGAACCAUAAAUUGCAAGAAGUGUACUCUGGAAAGCACCAGACUCCAUCGAAAUUUAGGAGAGAGAGAGCGCUGAGAAUCUCUCUGUGUGGGUGUGUUCCGUGUGUCAUGGCUUCUGGUGGAUGGAAUGGAGCAGUGGAGUGGCACCAGAGACCUCCAAACCCUAAGAAUCCGAUCGUCUUCUUUGACAUCACCAUCGGUUCUAUCCCCGCUGGUCGAAUCAAGAUGGAGCUCUUCGCCGAUAUUGCCCCCAAAACCGCUGAAAAUUUCAGGCAAUUUUGCACAGGCGAGUACAGAAAAGCAGGAUUACCUGUGGGUUACAAAGGAUGCCAGUUCCAUCGGGUGAUAAAGGAUUUUAUGAUUCAAGCCGGCGAUUUUCUGAAGGGUGAUGGUAGUGGAUGUGUAUCCAUUUACGGAAGCAAGUUUGAGGAUGAAAAUUUUAUUGCCAAGCACACUGGUCCUGGUCUAUUGUCAAUGGCAAAUAGUGGACCAGGUUCUAAUGGGUGUCAGUUCUUUAUCACAUGUGCAAAGUGCGAUUGGCUCGAUAAUAAGCAUGUAGUCUUCGGGAGAGUGCUUGGAGAUGGUCUUUUGGUGGUCAGGAAGAUUGAGAAUGUGGCUACUGGACCCAACAACCGGCCUAAGUUGGCUUGCAUUAUUGCUGAAUGUGGAGAAAUGUAAACCAUGAAUUUGGAUUCAAUCCAAACUCAUUAUUGUGAUUUUCAGGGACUUGUAAAGUUGUUAGUCUCCUAAAUUUUAGAUGUUCAUCUAAUCUUUUGCCUUGGUGUUUUUUUAGAUGCAUAACAGAAUUAUUGAUUUAACUUCAACUAGAAUUAUCUAAUAGUAAUUUUUUGGUUAA